AUGCCCGAGGAAGGCCGCAAGCGCUCGCGCUUCGAUCAGACCGAACCCGAACCCAAGCGCCCGUCCCGCUUCGAUCGUCGCUCGCGCUCGCCCUCCUCACGCCAGAGCGAGGCUCUGCGCAGUCGCAGCCCGCUGAGCCGCCAGGACAGCAACAGCCCCGCCACCGCCGAGAAGAAGGACCCCGCUGCCGCUGCCGCUGCUGCAGCCGCCCGCAUCAACGCCCAGAUCCAGGCCAGGAAGGGCAUCCAGCACGUCGACGUCCCGCCCAUCCGCUCUACCGCCAGCCCCGUCACCGUCAAGUCGCCCUCCAAUGACCAAGGCAACCCCGGCGAGGUUUACCAGCAGGAUGGAGACUACAUCAAGGACAUCGAAGUGAACGACCUUCGGAAUCGUUACACCCUCACCAAGGGCUCUACUCAAAAGAUGAUCAAAGAAGAGACUGGCGCCGAUGUCACAACCCGCGGCGAGUACUAUCCCGACAAGAGCCUGGUCCGUCCCGGUGUUCCCCCGCUGUACCUCCACGUCACGAGUACCACCAAGGAAGGCCUCGAGAAGGCCAUCGCCAAAAUCGACGAGCUUAUGAAGCAGGAAUUGCCCAACCUUGUCGACGAGAGGCGCUUCCGCCGCAGAGAACCCGAGCAGGUCGAGCGUGAUGAGUAUGGAAGGCGCAAAUGGCCCGAGGAGAAGAUCCCCGUCGACCUCGAACCCAUUCCUGGCUUCAACCUUCGUGCUCAGGUCGUCGGCCAUGGAGGUGCCUACGUCAAACACAUCCAGCAGGAAACGCGCUGCCGCGUCCAGAUCAAGGGCCGCGGCUCCGGCUUCAUCGAGCAUAACACUGGCCAGGAAAGCGACGAGCCCAUGUAUCUGCACGUUGCGGGCCCCAAUGCCGAUGAUGUCCAAAAAGCUAGGGAGCUUUGUGAAGAUCUCCUUGGCAAUGUGCGUCAACAGUAUGAACAGUUCAAGGAGCGCGGCCCGAGCCGUCGCGCGUACGGCGAUGGUGACCGGUACUCGGGCGGCGGUAGGAAUGGAGGACGUUCGGAUAGCUACGGUGGUGGCUAUGGUGGUGGCAGCAGCUAUGGCGGUGGAAGCAGCUACGGCAACCAGCAGUCUCCCCCCGGCUAUGGUUCGGCCAUGAGCCCCACUUCGCAGACGACGCCGGUGACGCCUGCCACGGCGUCCAGCGACCAGUACGCUGCGGCCUACGCUCAGUACUACGCUUCUGGUCAAGACCCUUACGCUGCCUAUGGCGGUUACCAGAACUAUGUGAACUUGUACUGGCAGUACGCUCAACAGCAGCAGCAGCAAGCGGCUGCUCCUGGUUCCGAGGCGCCGCCGCCGCCGCCUGGUUCUGCGCCUCCUCCACCGCCCGGUGAUGCUCCGCCUCCUCCUCCGCCGUCGGGCUCUCCCCCGGGUGGCUACAGCGCGGUGCCGCCGCCUCCGGGCUUCGGUUUCUGCACUUUGGUCAAGGGAGGCGUAAACUGA